CCUAUAACUUCAUCUACUACCAUUACUCAAGAAAAAUCAAACUUGCCAAUUGAUUCUUAUUUAUUACGUCAAUUAAGUUUUAUUGAACAAAAAGCUAUUGAUAAAAAAAUUGCAUGCGUAUUUUAUGCAGAUGGUAUUCUACAUACCUUAAUUGAAAAUAAUUUCGUUAUUGUAGGUUUAAAAUCACUUCGACCUACUUAUAAUCCACCAUCUCGUUGGUCACUUAGUAAUAAUUUGCUAAGAGAUGAAUAUAAAGAAUAUAUUAAAAAUAACCAGUUACCUAAUCGAACUCAACAAGAUCAUCAAAUUAGAAUUUUAAUUGCUGAUAAAGACAAUUGGGAUAAUAUUUCAAUUUUAGCUGAGGUAUUACGACCUAUUGUAAAAUCUACUUUAUCUCUUGUUUAUAAAAAAAUGAUUGAUUUAAAAAAUUUAGAAUGUGAUAUUAAAAGUCCUAUUCAGGAUUCUGUAAUAACUAUUAUUACUGAACGAUUUAAUUAUAUGCAAAAUCCUAUAAUGCAAUUAGCAUAUCUUUUUGAUGGCCAUUUCUAUCUACAUUAUCAUUUUUGUCCUACAGCUUAUAUAUUAACUCAACUAUUUCAAGAAGUUACGCCAUAUAUUAGUAAUUUUGUUUCUAAGUCUGAAAAAGAAAUAUAUGCUGGAUUAUAUAGAGAAUAUGGAGAACUUGUAACUCGUCUUGAUACUAAUAUUAUAUUACAAGAAGCUGUAAAAGAAUUGCAUCCUCGUGAAUGGUGGAAGGAUGUUGAACAAGAAAUAGAUGAUGAAGCUAAUUGGGAAGAUUCUGAUGAUGAAGUUUUUUAUGAUAGUGAAUAG